UUGUGUGGCAAUUGAUCAUUUGGGAUUAGACAUUGACAGUACGAUAUAUGCGGAGCCUCGACGCAUGUGGGUCUUCUUCCCUCCUUCUAAGCCCUGUAUCUAAAGCAACUCGAGCCAAUAGGCGAAUGCAUCGACCUCUAACCACCUCGCGACGCAAAAGCAGAUGUCCUUAAUUACUCCACUGGUCGCCGUAGCGUACGUUCCAGACUCAAGCAAACCCCCGCAGUCUUGCUGCAAGAAAGCAAACCAUUCAAUCUGCUCCUCAGUCUCACCUUCUCGUUUCCCAUUCCUACUCAGUGCACAUAAUGCUCCGACGUCUCUAUCAGCUCCCGCCACGCAAUCUCAAUCUCCAAAUCCGCUUCCUUCUGCCUCUGCUCGUAUUCCCUAGUAUCAUCAGCAUCCCAUCUCCAAAUACAAACACAACACAUAAAUACUCACUCUACGGCAUUCUCAAGGGCGUCAGCCAGUGGCUUUACCGGGGACUUCUCCUCCCGCGCCGCCUCCAGCAGCAUCUUCAACUGCCCACUUGGAUCCCGCGCUACGUCUCGCAACUCAUCCA